AUGGAAGGAUAUCAAAAAAUAGAAAGACUUAAAAAUCUUGUUGAGGCUUCCGCGCUACUAGAUGAACAAUUAAAAGAAAUAUUAACUAAUUUAAGUAAUUUGGAAGAUGUAAUGUUUUAUGGAGAAGCUAUAAGUGAUCGUGUAAAUAAGACUUUUAAUUUGUACUCUGAAUUUAAAGAAAUUUUAAACAAAUAA